CUAUAAAAGAACAAAAAUCAAAAAAAAUAACAAAAUGGGCGAUAAGCAGGUGGACCUAAGCGUUGCGAAUUAUAAAGACUAUGAACAGUAUAUAAGCUCAUUUACCACUGCCAAGGACAAACUCUAUUUACCGAAUAGUCGAACUGCCGCUGGCAUUAUCAAAUUGGGUUAUCGUUCGACUAAGAUACCGUACGAUGAGGAGGAAUAUGAGAACCGACUCAAUUUGGCAAUGCAAGCGUUGCAUCCAAAAAUUCUAGGCAUCGUUCCAUUUAGUCGCUUUAUACCCCCAGGCACUAAAGAUACUGUGCUGCUGGAAUUUAAGAAACGUGAAGUACCAAAUUUUACCAAAAGAAUUUGCACAAUUGUAUUUAUUACGUAUACGGAAUCGGAUGGCUCGGAGACAUCUUCGUACUUGGAUUUGGAAAUGAGCUGGAAGAACGCCAUGCGUCAGGUGGAAAGGCAUACGCCAUGGCAAAAGGUGUACGAAGGUCAUGACAGAGUCAAGCCGUUGCAACAUCAUCUCAGCUAUAUAAAUCAUCGCUCCAACUUUAUCAAAUAUACGGAUAGCGAUAAUUUCAGAGUACUGCAUGAUCAUCAGUAUGGCCUGAUGUUUAUGCAUAUAGGUGAUCAUAAAAUGAUACCAGUCAGCAAUAAACCAAAUCCCUAUUCAGCUAAUGUGAAUCGCACAAUGUAUCUAACCGCCAGAUAUGGCACUAUAGUUUUCUACGAUCACGUUGUGCGCAAGAAGGUGUAAACAAAUUUUAGUGCGCUGCUAUAAAAUUAAUUAAAGUACUCAGCAACAGCAGCAGCAGCAGCAGCAGCA